GGGCCCGCCGCUGCUGCCGCGGCACGAGAGAACUCGUAGCAGCAAAGGCAUGAACCGGCGCUCGCCACCUGGAGAGCUCCCAAGCCGACAGCAGACACCAUUUGGGCGAUGCGUUCCUGUGAGCCCUCGGUUCCCCGCAAUCCAAAAGAUAUGGAAUUCCAUCUCUGCGCCCGCCCACUCCACGCAAUGAUCACAUCGGUUCGAGCUCAUGAAGGUCCGCAGACGACGACUGCUACAGGUCCAGCCCAUUUUCAUCUCCCUGCGCGCUCAUGUCACACUCUAUCUAUCUCUCCAUCCGCGACGACGACUGUAGAGACAGUCCCUCCUCCUUCCCAUACGUAUGUAUGUACUCCCAUCAGAGCCACUCCGAGCCCACUCCAGCCUCCAGAGACUCUCCAACCACCUCCCUGCGAGAGGAUCCUUUCGGCUUUUGCAAUCUGCAUGCAUGCCAUAGUAACCGGACAGUUCGUAGCUAUCCUAGACAUUCGACGUGUUGAAGUUCAGCUUUGGGACAUUUAUCAGCUGGCAGUCCCAUGCUAUUGAUGUUAUUGUCGUGAGACAUGGGAACUAUGCUGUUCUCGGUGAAUCCCACUGGUCGAGUACAGUUGUGAGCUGAGCACAUGGAUACGCCUUGGCGUCCUGUGGGGUUCGUAUCCUGUCUUGUUGGCCUAUAUCCGAGGUCGUAUACUGACAUUGAAGAAGAUCUGCAUUAGCUUAUGAGGGGCUACAUCUAAGGAGCUGCAGUGGACACUAUGCGUAGGGGAUUAUUGAUAUUUUCCAAACAAUUGUCAGCGUAAUUCACAGAGUGAGCGAGAGAUACGCGUUCCGCGGUAGGGGAGAAGCAAGAUAAAGAUUGUGUGUGGAAGUGUAAACUUUGUAUCUCGAAGUCGAGGGGACCCACGUAUAGAAGAUAGGCCUUCCAGGACUUCAUGUCCCCGUGAGGUUGCUUUCCACAUAACUAUUAUAUUCAGUCUCUGUCGACCCGGCUUAUCACGAACGGGCGUUAAGCUUUCCAUCUUGGCAUGCGUGUCCCUUUCGC